AUGAAAAUCAUGCCAAAAACAAUCCCCGGAAUGUUACACAACAUGAACAAAAAUUCGUGUGAUUGGGGAUGGCAAGGUUUGAUUUCAUAUGGCUGUCAAAACGUUGUUGUAGUUGUUGAUCCACCCACUGUUCAAAUAAUUCAAGUUCUUGAUUGCCACUCUGGCUAUAUUAUGAAGGUUACAAAAUGGGCGAGGGAAAAUUAUAGACACAACUUGGCCAGUCCUUACACAUUACGUUUGGCAGCAUCAGAUUUCAAUGGACACAUAUACAUUUGGGAUGUUGUAACUGGAAAAGUAGGGGCAGAUUGCUGUGAUGGCACAAAGCCUGUUUCUGAUAUGGAAUGGGUAGGUGUUCAAGAUAUAUCGCAUGACCUAUUGUUGGCAUUGCAUCCUCCAUAUCAUUUGAUAUUAUGGAAUACUGAAAAUGGUAGUAGGCUGUGGAGGAAGGCUUACACUGACUUGUUUCAGACUUUUUCCUUUGAUCCUUUUGAUCCUAUGAGGAUUGCCUUUCUAGGGCAAGAUUUUGUUGUGUUUGUGGAUGAUUUUACACUCUCUAAAGCUCCUGUUGGCUCUGGAAAAAAGUUUUACAUAUCCAGUCCUUCAUCUCAAAAAGUUGGUGGCAUAUUAAUCGGCGAAUCUUCUAAAAGAUCAAACUACCAAGACGAUGAGAACAUCUUUGUUAAUGCAAUACCCAUGUCAAAUAGCAGUGGGGUCAUAUCUAAUGAAACAUCAAUGUGUCUGCAGUUAGAGUUUCACAAAUCAAGAAGACAUCACCUCAUCUUAAUGUAUAGCAAAGAAACAUUAGUGUUAGAUCUUGAGAUAAAUCAAACAGUAGGUGUUAUAUCAAUAGAAAGGUCUGGAUCUCCAUUUCUCAAAAUUAUGAGCAUUAGCCAAAAAGAUGCCAUAAUCUGCUUACAUGAGAAUGGCAGUCUUUCUCUGAGAGUCUGCAAACUGUCAAGUAAUUUGGAAAGUGAUCAAUCAAUGCAUUCAAACCACGAUGAUCAUUUCAGUGGUAUGCCAAUUUCAAAUGAUUUAUUCUACGAUCAUGUAUGUCAGUCAGAUGGAUUGAGAGUUACAAAACACAACAAAGUUAUUGCCGGAGCUGUUUGUCCUGUGUCAGAGAAAUGUGUUGCCCUGGUUAUGAGUACUGGUAAAACAUUGAUCUGGGAACUUCAAUCCACAAAACCGCCAAAAAACAAUUGUAUAUCCUCAGCCUUUGCUCAAUUGCAGCCAAAGCUAACAAUAAAAAAUUUAAUUAACCCAACAAGUCCUAAGAAUCUGUUUAAAUUUUUAAUGGUAGGAUUGUCAAAUAAUCUUUCUCAAUCUCCAAUUGUUGUACGAAUGUGUCCUCCUUUGACAACAAAAAAUUUCAAUUUCUACCAACCUUUGUUAGCUGUUGGGUCUGCCUCAGGGAAUGUUUUUGUUUUCAACUUAUCUGGUGGACAAAUGUUCAAAGAGCUAAGUGUGCACACUUCUUCAGUGAAAGGAAUUGAAUGGAUUGGUUUGAAGUCAUUUUUAUCCUACGCAUAUCAAAACCCGAUGACUGGUAAUUCAGGAAUGGUUCGAAAUGAAUUAAUGUUUACAGAUCUGGAUACAGGUCGAAGUUUUCAAAUAAGAGGAGGAACAAAUGAAGAAGAACCACCAAUUGAAAUGAUUAGGGUCUCUUACCUUAAACAGUAUUUUUGUGUUGUCAUCAGAGAAAAACCCUUAGAGAUAUGGGAUGUCAGAUCUCAGACUAUAUUACGACAGAUGCCUAAAAACUUUCCUCAUGUAACUGCUUUGGAGUGGUCACCAUCUCACAAUAUUAAAAAUCUGAAGAAAAAAACACCACUAGCACCUGAAACUACAAUAAACAACUCCACAGCAAGCAACAUUAGCAUGAGUAUAGACAUGAACAACCAUUCAAUGAUUGACGGUGAUGCAACAUCCCUUGCUGGACAAUCCUUGGCUUCAACUCCUACAGCCACUGACAAAACUCCUGUUGAAGAUGACCUAGCACUGACAUCAGUUAGGGAACAUUUUGUCUUUACUGACACCAAUGGCCUCUUGCAUCAUUACAUUGUUGAUGCAAAUGUCGUUAAAGAAGGUUCUAAAAUCCCACCAGAUGCCAGUAUGGGUAGUAUAACUGGAAUUGCUUGGAAGUCAGAAACAUUAGUUUUGACAGAUUCUGAUGGAAAUAUGAAUGUGUGGGACUUGAAGGGGCGCUUAUCUAGGACCCUUCCAACUGGGAGAGGUGGAAUUAAAAAGAUUAAAUUUGCACCUGGAAGAGGAAAUAUGAAGUUGCUACUGUUGUAUAAUGAUGGAGUUGAGAUUUGGGAUGCAAAGGAGAUGGUGAGAGUGUCUCAGAUACGAUGUCCUAGAGAUCUUGCUCAAGUAUUCUGCAUUGAUUGGGCUGCCUCUGAUAGGCCUGUCAUUGCAUGCAGCGAUAACACUAUAAGAAUCACAGACUUAGAACUAACUCACUGUUGUUCUGCCAUGGAGGACAACCAAGUCCAAGAUCCUGUCUUUUGUCCACACUCACUGCCACCAAAAGCGGGAUUUCUGUUAAAGACUUUACUGCAACAUCAGUCAUGGAGGAGGAGAUAUCAUUUGGAUGCAGAUGAGUUUACAACUUCUAAGAAGGACAUCAUUUCUCAUUCAGUCCUGGAACAGCUGGAAAUAGUAGAUGUUGAUGUCAAGGCAUAUCUCUGUUCUACAAAAUAUAAAACAGCAGAUAGGUGUUUUAUUACUUCCUUGUUGUUUGGCGAUGAGUCAGAAGUUACUUUUUGGUCAGUUGCAUUGCAUUAUUUGAAAUUGAAAAAUAAAGCACUAAAUAAAAAUUGCACUUUGGAGCGAAAAGAAAUGCUGAGUGAUUGUGAACCUCUGGAGACCUGUUAUGAUGUUCUUUGUGAAGGUCCUGUCUUCAGGUCUAGAGAACUAAAUCGUAUUCACUUGCACGAAGCCAAGAGAGGCACUGGAGAACAAGCUCGUAAAUGUGCAGAUAACUUAAUUCUGCUUGGUCAGACAGACAGAGCUGUUCAACUUUUGUUAGAAACUGAACCAGAUUCACCUAAUUAUUAUUCUGAUUCAUUGAAGGCAUGCCUGGCAGCUAGCAUCAGAUCUUCAGGGGCUUCUCAAAGUACUAUCAAAUUGGUAGCAACAAAUUUGAUUGCUAACGGUCAACUUUCUGAGGGAAUUCAGCUUCUGUGCAUGAUUGACAAGGGUAUAGAUGCUUGUAGGUAUUUACAAACGUACAACAAGUGGCAUCAAGCUGCUUGGCUUGCAAAAGUGGCACUCAGUGAGAGUGAAUGUGCUGAUGUUCUGAAGAGAUGGGCUGAUCAUCUUGCUUCCCCUCAGGUGGAUCAGAAGGACAGAGCCGUUCUUGUAUUACUCUCGCUUGGUCUUUUUGAAAGAUCUGUUGAAUUAAUGUACUCGCAAAGAUAUUUUGAUAGGGCUGCUUUGUUUCUGGAAGCAUGUGAAGAAUUUGAUAUUAAGUUAACCUAUAGUGAUAAACAAACUGCCAGUCAAGCAGCAAACUCCAAAGAACCAUCUGACCAUAUGACAAUUUCACAAAUGAUAUUCCUCGAAUAUGCAAGAAUCUUGUUGAAUUUGGGUCUGAUCAGUGCUUGCGAGUAUUAUUGCAGGAAGGCUGGUUGCAAAGGAGAAGAGAUGCUGGUGGAAAUCAAUCAAUUAUUAGAUGAAAAAUGA